AUGGCGGCCACUUCUUCGGGGACCAUGCAGGCGGUAGUGUUUAAGGAGCCUUUCAAGGUGGCGGUUGAGCAGCGGCCCAUCCCAACUGUGCGGGAUCCGGAGGACGUCGUCGUCAAGGUGGCAUACACGGCGCUUUGCGGGAGGUACGUUCUCCGAGCACCUGCACCCCAGCCCCCGGGUCCGAUUAUGGGCCAUGAGUUUAUGGGCGAGAUUGUGGAGGUGGGCAGUGAGGUGAAGACUCUCCAGAAGGGUGACCGUGUCGUCAGUGCCUUUACGACAUCCUGUGGCAAGUGCUUCUACUGCAAGCAAGGGUUCUCUUCGCGCUGCGAAACGAGCACACUUUUCGGAUGUGAGGUGCUGGACGGUGCCCAGGCUCAAUAUGUCCGCGUCCCCAACGCCGAGGGCACUUGUAUGAAGGCUCCCGAGGGCGUUGACGACAAAUACCUCGUACUAAUGGGUGAUAUCUUCCCGACGGGAUACUUUGCCGCUAGUAAUGCAUUCAAGAACUCGACUCCGGAACAGAUUGCUGAGCAAACUGUGGUGGUGAUCGGCUGUGGUCCUGUCGGCCUCUGUGCUCUGAUCAAUGCCUUGGAGUUUAUGCCUAAGCACAUCCUGGCCGUUGACUCUGUCCCAUCGAGACUGGAGCUUGCCAAAUCGCUUGGCGCAGAGCCCUGGAACUUCAUGACUGACCGUGAGGGUCUAGACAAGCGCGUGAAGGAGCUGACCGAGGGUCGUGGUGCCGAUGCGGUUAUCGAAGUGGUCGGACUGAGUCCGGCGCUGCGUACGGCGUAUGAGCUGCUGCGACCGUGGGGAACCAUUAGCAGUGUAGGGGUUCACAAUGCAGAGAUUCCCUGGGACGGCAAUGACGCCUACAACAAGAACCUCACUGUUCAAAUGGGCCGGUGCCCUGUCCGAUCAGUGACCCCGCAGGCAUUGGAGAACCUAAAAAAGAACCAGCACAAGCUUGGCUUCAUGACGGAGAAGAUCAUGCCGUUGUCGCAGGCCGUGGAGGCAUAUGAGCUGUUUAAUGCGAUGAAGGUGCAGAAAGUGGUAUUUUUGGCGGACGAGUAG